UGCUUCCUUGUCUUGCCUGCCGUGUUCCGUGUCAAACAGCCUAAGCCGGCUUCUGCCUCAAACUCCUAGCGAGCUUCACACCACGCGCCAGUCUGGCCAGGCAGCUUGUACAACCGAACCUGCCUGUUGCUUGUCUUCACUCGCUUUCUGCCGCUCUGCUCUCUCAGCCUCGACCCACGGCGUCUCCCCGCGGGCGCACCUCCAACCUCGACCCCUGGCGGCAACAAGCUCCCGAAGCACAUGCGACCCCGACCUAGCCCAACCCUCCUGACGCCACCGUCGCAUCCUCUCGCCCUUGCGGCGCGAGCACAACCGGCCCACCAUGGCGCUCAUAUCGGCAAACACCAUUAUCACCUCGCUCUCUCUCUUCCACAUCACCCUGGGCUACUUCUUCCUGACCAACCCCGUCAUUGUGGCGAACCAGUCGCUGGUCUUUGUCAUGGGUGAGGCCAUGGGCAUGCCCUAUGCUCGUAGCUUCGAUUCCCAGUCCCCUGCUCUCGCGUUCCUCGCCGUUGUCCUCGCCUUUAUCGGUUUCGCCGACCUGGCCUCCCUCAGCAUGCCCGAGGAGGUCGCUAUGGUUCACCACUGGGGAAUACAAGCACCCCUCCGCCUGACCCUCUCGAUGAUCCUGCUCCUCUACACCCUUCUCUUCUCGGCCUCGUCCCCCCUCUACGCCGACAGCCGGGCGGGCCCGCGCGGGGGCGUCUUCACCCGCCCGCGGGGGCCCCACCCGGGCUACGCCCCCUCCAGCUGGGGCGGCGACGGCCUCAAGAACCGCGUCUUCUUCACCUUCAUCUUUCUGGAGCUGCUCAGCUGGUUCUGGGUCUGGGUGACGCUGCGGGAGGAGCGCAAGGAGAUCGACACGAGAAAGGCCAUGCGCCGCAGGGGCAGCCAUGGAAGCCACAGGGACCUGGCGCGCUAAUCUGGCAGACACGCCGGUUUAUGCUACUUUUGAUGGCCAACACUGCAUCUUCGUUGUACUCAACUUAUUUCCCCUCUUCAUUUUCUCGUCCUGGUAGGGACGCAUAGCAUGGCAUGGCAUGGGAACUUAUGGCGCAUGUGGCGAUUUCCAGACACUGGAGGGGUUUGGUUGCUUUCCAAUAUCUUUCCCAAUUUUUCCGUCUUAUUUUCUCUCGUUGCUUGCUAGCGCAACAUCGACACUAGCCGAUUUCUACUCCAUCUUGACCAUGCCCCAUCCCUUGAUCCCUUCCCUCCAGCUUUCGACGACCUUGCCAGCCCAGGCCUCAACGGCAGUACGACCGCCGAUGGUUUCGAAUACGCUCUUAGAUGGCUCUUGUCCGGCGCCGUCCUCACCCUCGCCGUAUGUCCAUUGAAUAACUCGGUCCUUCCAAGUUGGUUCUGCCAGCUCCGACUUGAUCAGUUUGAUCCUCUCCUUGAUGUCGUCCAGAAUCUGGAACGCGAGUUUGACAAGAACCUUCAUCUCGGCGACUGCAUCCUUAUGCAGACUCGUCUUUCCCGUGCGGUCCCGAGCCAUCUGGCUGUCGUGAUACCCAAGGACCAGUGCCGCUCCUAGUCUUACCGCUAAAGCGGUUUCACGUAGCAUAGCCAUCGUGUGCGGAUCACUCAGUUGUCCCAAUGUUACAUGUUUGACUGGCGCAGUAUCGGCUGGCGAAGCCUCCCGGGGCAGCAACGCAUUCCGAAGAGUAGCCAUGGCGGUUUUCAAGGCCGUAGUGCUCGCGCCAAAGGAUACCGGCAUCUCCUCACCGCGCACGGUGACGAGGCUGAUCAUCAUAGCGCCUGAGAGCAGAGUCAAUGCAUUAUAGUAAGACUCUUCGGCGCUCGUGAGGAGUAAAGUCGUGUCCUCGAGGUGUAUGAAUCUAGUGAGACUCUCGUGCACCG